UGCAACUGGCAAAGAUCGGGAAAAACUAGACAUGUUUAGAUUCCUUGAGGAAUCAGCAUUUGCACAUACGAAGACCGUAUCCAAUGUUGCUCCAGUAGCCGCUGAAAUUCCACAAAAUAUUACCAGUAGCCCAGAGUCUGUCAACCAAAAUAUUAACGAAGAGAAUACAGAAAGUAAUCUAAUAAAUGCACCAUAUACUUCUCAGAACGUGUCAUUAGCGAAAAGUGAAGCUUCAAUGGACUUUUCAGCUAUUGAUAUGGCAGAAAACCAUAUGAGUCUUAUCAGAUAUAGCGAACAAGAUGCUCAUAAUACGUCCACGUCAUUUACGAAUGAGACUACAGAUUCUAAAUUAAUUGACGAAAUGCUGGCUAUAGACGAUUUGAAGAGCCCUGGGUAUUCUGUUCGACCUGAAAUGUCUGUGCUAAUCUCAUCCCGGCCGACUGACGAGGCACUUGAGAGUUUAAAGAAUUACGGUUAUGAGUUUGUGAAUUACUAG